GCAAACACCUCCCUCUUGUCCAGCCUUGUGCUAAGGCGCUGGUCAACCAUUCCACAUCCCCCACUCCGUCCCUAUACCGCGCCUGCUGAGCUCGUUUUGUUUCCCCCAUGGCGGCUCUUCCUCAAGCUCCGAGCCCAGCGGAAUCCAAGACCAGAGACCAUCCCCGAAGCGUGACAUCCGUUGUCGAGCCUGAAGGAUGGAUGCAGCAUCCCUUGGUCUGUCUUCAGCUUUGUGACUGCGAUCCAUUGAGAAUCACUGAAAUAUGUGCACCGCAUGAGCUGGAACGGUUGGACCUUCACUCGUCUGACACGACUUCCCGGAUUUCUCAUUCCGGCCUUCCUGCUGGAACAUAUAGAGAUCAAGAAUUUACUGGCCGCAUUGUGGGCUCAAUGGGUUAUGUGCAUCCGGACUAUUUUGUGGAAGGACGUCCUCUCUCAACUGGGUUUGAUCUGUACAGUUUUGGUUUGUUGAUGUACGCCGUCCUGACAAACAAUGACAAAUUUCUGAAAGAGGCAUCACGCCGUAAGCCUCGCAAUACCAGAAGCUCAAGAAGACCUGAAGUGUGCACCGAUGAUGUCAGUGUAACCGAUAGAAAAAAAGAUAGACAAACAAGAGAAAAGCAUGGCAGGUAUACACCAAAGAGUAGUAGCACUCGACUUGUCUUGAAGCGGAAAUCAUGCACAGAUGGCUUUGUGUCCAAAGGAAUUCAUGCACAUCCUGAUAAUGGUUCCGUUAUCGAUUCAUCGGGUGAAGCUAGUCUCAGCUUGAAUGCUUCAACUGAAACUCCAAUUCAUCAUCGGCCAGAAGGAGGACUCGUCAACAGAGGACCUAGCCACCCUGCAGCUGCAGAGGAAUCGAGCACGACACCACUAACCAAGACGCCCGGGUCUGCCUGGCUGGUUGCAUCUUCUGCGGCGAAUCACAUGACCGGCGACGUGAGCCAGCUGACGGAUUGCACGCCCGCGCCGGCCGAUCUCGUCGUCCAGGUUCCCAACAUGGGGUCUAGGCGAGUCCACAACAUUGGGUGGCUGAGAACGGCGACCAUGUCUCUCCAGAAUGUGUACUACGUCCCUGGGCUCGACAAGAACCUGGUCUCCAGCAGCCAGCUCGCCAAACUUGGCUACACCAUCACCCUCGGCCCUUCGGAGUGCCGCGUCACCAAGAACGAUCAGAGCCAGACCCUUGUGGGGAUGGCUCAUUUCACCGAUGAUUACCUGUUCGAGCUGGACUUCCUCAGGGUUCCUUCCUCCACCGGCUGAUGGUGCCCUGCCUGCCAUCUAUCGACUGUGUGAUCGUCACUGCCUACAUCAUAGAAGUUGGAGAGUAAUGAUGAAUAUAUGCAUACAUGCCGCAGUCUUGUUGUAAUAAUUACAUAUAAUGUGGAUGAUUAUGUCGUGAGAUUGGAGUGUUUUUAGAUAGUUACUGUGAUUUUCAGUACUCUACAUUCAUUAUACCCAGAACAUGCCAAUCUAACUACUCCUAUGUUGAAUCCA